UUGUUAGCUGACGACAUGAGGUACUUAGCUGUCCUAGUUUUGGUCGCGGUGGCGCGGGGCAUGCCCACCGCCGAAAAAGAAGAUCAGGGGAUCGUGGGCAGUGUUAUGGGUGUGGUGAAGGAGUGUUCUGAAGGCGACGUGUCUUUGUGUUUGAAGGAGAAGGCAUUAAAGUAUGUGGAGACGUUGUCGUCAGCGCGGGAGUUGAGCCUGACUGACGGAGUGACCUUAGUUGGGAACGGGUCUCCGAGGUCUGCUCGUGCUCUGGAUCCUCUGCCUGAGGAGCCUCGAGCCAGGGAAGCGCUCGUGGAGUCGCGGCUAGUGGAUUCUGCUGCUGAUCUGUUGGAGAACCAUGUCAUCCAGUUCAAGCUGCCGUCCUUCGCUGUUGAGGGCAUGAGGAGAUCACUCGAAGAAGCUCGUGGCAAAAAGAAGAAGAUCAAGCAGCUCCUGCCUCUCCUGGCUCUCGCCAAGUUGAAGAUCACCGCUCUCAUCCCCCUAUUUCUCGCGAUCAUCGCCUUCGCCGCCACGAAGGCCCUCCUCCUCGCCAAGGUGUCCCUCCUCGUCGCCGGUAUCCUCGCCCUGAAGAAGCUUCUGGCACACAAGCACCAUGAGACCAGCUAUGAAGUCGUGGCCCACCCUCAUCAUGAUGAACAUUACGCCAGCAGCGGACAUGGUUGGGGAAGAUCCAUCGAUGACGCCCAGAACCUCGCCUAUGGCGCUCACGUCAAGUCUGAUUAAACUAAGCCAUUUGACUUCCACAAGGAUCAACUCUAUGACCGCUAUUUUUUAGUCAAUAUCAUUGAGAUGCGGGCAUUUACUUUUAAGAUUAUUUAAGCAGGCGUAUUUAUUACUAGCCUUAGUUUAUUUAUUACUAUUUAUUUGAUCCCUUUGUGAGGGAGUGUUGUUGUUUUCAUAAACGGUUGUUCUGAGUUUGUAUGGCCCUAUAUUAUUAAUUCUUGUUAUACUAUAUUAGUAUAUAUCAGACCCUAUACGGUAUCCGUAUUUGUGUAUUUUG